AGGAGAGAGAUCUCUAUAAAUACCAACAUUUCCACCAUCAAAAUGAGUUCCUGCCUUGUUCAAAGAAAAUUUCAACACACUCUUUUAAAUCACUCUACAAAUCCUUAAUCACGAAAGUUUAAUAUUACUUCCGACAAAAUAAUCUAUCUCCAAACUAGUACUCCUGCUGCUACUACUGCUACUACUUCUGCUACUGCUAUUACUAUAGUGUUUAUAUAUUUUUGUUAUUAUUACAAGAGUAUACAAUAUAGGAUUUGGAUCCAAGUUAAUUUCUGAAUCGAUCGAACCAUGGUGAAGACAGAAAAGAAGAUAAUGGAGCAAAACCCAUCAAAGCCAACGCCAUUGACAUUGACAACUGGGAAAAAGAAGUACAAGGGUGUAAGAAUGAGAACCUGGGGCUCUUGGGUCUCAGAAAUAAGGGCACCUAAUCAGAAGACGAGAAUAUGGUUAGGGUCUUAUUCAACGGCUGAGGCAGCAGCCAGAGCAUACGACGCCGCUUUGUUGUGCCUUAAAGGAUCUUCGGCCAAUCUCAACUUCCCUCUCAGCAGUAGUACUAUCUCUUCUCAUCAUCACACCAUGUUCCCAAACGACGUCCUUUUAUCCCCAAAGUCCAUCCAGAGAGUCGCCGCAGCCGCUGCCCAUACUACAACAACCACUUUCCUUAACGACAACAUUAUUAGUAUCAAUAAUGCUGCCACUACCUCUACUGCCACUGCCGCUGCCACUGCUCCCUCGCCGUCGCCGUCGUCUUCGGCGGUGUCAUCGCCGUUUGAUCUGGUUGAUAAUGAUAUUGAUGAAGCCUUUUUAUUGAGGGGUUCAUCAUUUGGGUCCCACAUCGAUAUGUCUAAUAGCUAUGAUCAUCAUAAUCAGGAACAGCACAAGGCUCAGGGUGGUUUUAUUACAAAUAGUUAUAUGGAUCAAUCAACGGCUAUGAUGGAAGCUUGGUACAAUUUUGACGGUCUACAAUCGCCAAAGUGCUUUGAUCAGAUGCUAUUCAAUAAUGGGUGUUUUGACCCACAAUUUAUGGAAGAUCCAUAUGAAGAAAGUGACAUUCCUUUGUGGAGCUUCUGCUGAUUGAGAGAACGUUGUUAGUUUAUUUGAUGGAAUAAACACCCAAAGAAACACAAAAUUUAAAUAUUCAUCAUCAACAUUUACAUUCCAUUAUUCUUUAAUAUAUAUAUCUUCUAUAUUCAUUUUCA